GUUACAUCUUUAGGUAUCUAUAUAGGCAGAACUUAUAUAGUUAAGUGGACAGUAACUCUAGAUCUGUAUUUUUAUAUCGAGUAUUGAGUAUUGAUUAUACCUAAACACGACAUAUCACCCCUCACAAUGGACCCCCAAACCACAGCAUCUACAUCUACAAGUGAAAUUCCGACGCCCACCCACAGUCGAGAGCACAAGCUCGUGCGCGAAUUUCGCACCCAUUGGAGCACCUCAACCGACGACAACGAACUGAGUCUCUUCAGUUUCCGACGCUUCCGGACGAGCCAUCUCAUCAACCUACGAUUUCUGGAAGACGAGAUUGCGAAAGUCGAUCGCGAGAUUUAUCAGGCGGGGCUGCAGAUGGGGAUUGAUGCGCAGAGAAAAGAUCUCUUGGGGUUGCGGUCGGCGAGGAGAGAUGCGGAUGUCGCGCCUAUUGAGGAGACGAUUACGCAGGAGAACGUAAGGAAAUUGAGACGCUUGUUGAGGGAAUAUGAUGAAGCGAUCCUCAACUUCAACAAUAUAUCGCGCUUGCAAACGAUCGCGCUUUCAGACUGCGGUAGGCUCUCCGCCAUCCGAGACGAUAUCACUAUAAAAGAAAUGUACAAGACGCGACUCAUGCGUGUGGAUCUCGCGCCUGCGGAUUCGGAUCCCAUACGCAGAGCGCUGCACCGAUGUCUGCGCAAAUUCUGGUACGCGAAGCGUGUAAAUUUUCCUAAUCUUGAGAGUUUGGAGAGAAGUCCCAUGACUUCUGGCGUCUCCCAAAGAUAUCAGAAUACGAUUACGAUUGCUGAUAUCAUGGCGCGGUUUCUGUUUGCGUGUGUGGCGGGUGCGUCGCUGGUUUUCCCUUUGGUUAUUUUGUCGUAUCAGGAGAGGUUGCAUACGAGGUUGUUGACGAUUUCACUGUGUAUUAUUGUUUUUGCCAUUGUAGUUUCUUUGGCGGCGCCUGCGUCGAAUCAGGCUGUUAUGGGUACGGCGGCGGCUUAUGCUGCGGUUCUGUCGGUUUAUGUGUCUACUUCGUAGAUGUGUGCAAGUAGAAGUUUUGUCCCAGGAGUGUAGGGCUGGGAGUAAUUAGUAGCAUGUAUAAGGCAGAUACCGUUGAGUAUUGUUAUUUGACUCCUUUGAGGGUGUAUCAAACUCGGAGUAGCUCCACACCAAACCUGUUUUGAUAUGUUCAUUGAUGGAUGUUCUUCAUUUCGUCUGAAAUCUCAUUCCUCCGGAACUUAGCUACUGAUAUUAUUUAU